AUGGCUGCCGAACCAAGCACAAUCGAGCCGGACGAGCCCUCAUACAUUGACUACGAAGCCUUUCUCUCCCCGGACUUCUCGGCCGCUCAGUUUGCCAACGCCCUCGUCGUGUCGACCAACAACGCCAACGAUACACCCCUCGAUCUCUCGACGCCGCUGUCACGAGUUCUCUUCGACGCGCAGGAGGUCGAUUCGCACAUCGACCUGUUGACCACUCGCUCCGCGGUUCCCUUGCUGGAAUAUACACGAGCGCAAAACGAGGCCAGCAAGCGUAUUGUUUCGGAGCUAGAUACACAGAUCAAAAGCCUCGACGAUAGCUACAAGCAAUUGGAGAAGGAGGUCAUUGACAAGCACGCAGAGGCUGACCAAGUUCGACAAGUCGCGUUGCGAUUGUGGGAAACGCUGCGCCUCGGCCGAUCAGUUGGUCGCUGUCUCCAGCUCGGGCGGCAGUUGGAAGUCCAGCAGUCGGAGCUAGGUGGUCUUGGAGGCAAAGAAGAUGACGGGGCACUCGUCCGAUGCUCAUACACCAUCCUUUCUCUCCGAGAGGUCCUUGAGGCUGAUGGACCCGACGAAGAAGGCCACGGUCUGGGCAAGGUUGAUGCCAUCCGCACACUCCAAGACGCCGUCGUUUCGCCCAUUGAGCGGUCCGUCCGCGAAACAGCCGAGAGAUUGGUGCGGGAGUUUUCCAUCUCCGGCAGCACGACCUUUGCCCAAGGAGAGGAAGCAAAGGCCAGGCUAGGAGCGGCCAUGGCAGCCUUGUAUCUCCUCUCGCCGACAUACGGCGUAAAGGCCGACCGCUGGUCACCGCGGCUGCUCCUCGCCGCCCUGGACAACUAUAUUCGAGUGUCCCUGCAGACGAGCAUCACCUCCCUCUCUCGCUCCCUCGGGCAGCUCCCUUCUCUGGACCGGGCCCUCUCCGAGGCCACGUCCAAGUGUCAAAACAUUGUUGCCCUCGAAAUCAUCCUGCAUGCCAACAAACCCCCUGCCCAUCCACUGCUCGCGGCUUCGCCAACCCACAAACAACCGAGUCUCAUCCAGCCGCUCCUUGCACAUCUCGAGACAGGAUCCUUGGCAUCGUACUUUUGGCGCACCAUUGCGGGCAGUCUAGCCUCUCGGGUUCAGGAUAUCGUCAACAGAGGUGGCGUUGUUGCGCGAUCACUCAAGUCAAACAAGACCAAUGUUGGGGAUGCCAUUCGACAAGCUGUGAUCAAGGGCUCGCAGCCACCGGGGGCGUUUGCCACGGGCAGGAACAAGGAGAAGGCCGCCGAGGCGAGCUGGGAUAGAGAGAUUGCUGUUAUGGUGGGAAGCGUGACGAACAAUUUGCGCUGA